AUUCAAAUGAUGCACAAAAUCUUAAACAGAUAUGUUUAUUCUGAAAAUGAUAUCGUUGGUCAUGGUGCAUAAAGUAUAGUCUAUAGAGGCAUUGAUUGUAUUAAUAAAUAAGCUGUAGCGAUAAAAUGUAUGUUUAAUUUACAAUAUUAGUACUGAAGCCAGAUGACUUAUAAGAUUAGUAUUCAAUCUGUAAAUUUCAGAAUGAAAUAACUAUAAUCAAAGAAUUCCAUAGUCCAAACAUAGUUAAAUUUAUAGAUAGCUUUUCAGACUAAAAACAAAAUGUAAAUACAAGAUUUACGUUAGAUAGCUAUAUUUGAUUAUUGUGAAGGUGGUGAUUUGUUGAAUUUUCUUGAAGACAAUCAAAAAGCUUUAAAUGAAGAAACAGCAUUAAGAAUAUUGAUUUAAAUAGUUAAUUCAUUUCGAGAAAUCAUAUCAAAAGGAUAUGUUCAUAGAGAUGUUAAACCAGCCAAUAUUUUAAUUAAAAAUGGAAUUUUUAUGAUGGCUGACUUUGGCUUUGCUGUAAAAGCUACUUCUUAUGAAAUUUUUGAAUAACCUGUUGGUACUCCAUUAUAUAUGGCACCUCAAUUACUUGACAAUGUUCUCUACACUUCUAAGUGUGAUAUAUGGUCUCUAGGAAUCGUAGCUUAUUAACUCAUAUAUGGAAAAUAACCAUGGACUUACGAAAAUUAUAAAUCAUAUUUAAAAAACAUAAGAUGCUAUCCUGUUAGAUUUCCUUCUGAGAAAACUCUCUCUGAAUAAUAUAAAAGUAAUUAAUUGCUAUAAAUAGAUUUCAUUAGAUAAUGUCUUAAAAUUGAUGAAAGGCAAAGAUUAAAUUGGCAUGAACUGUUUGAGCAUCCAAUCUUUCAUUCUAGUUCUCAGAAAUAAAAUAUCAAUGUAAUUUUUAAAUUUUUAAUAUUAGAACAUAUUAUAUGAAAACGAAUUCGAUAAUUUAAUUCUAAGACAUAUACAAAUUCUUAUAUAAAUUAGAAAAUUUUAUUUUGAAGAAUAAUUUUAAUUAUUUGAUAUCAAUUUAGAAGGAACAAUAAAUUAACAUUAAUUUUUUGUAUUUAUCUAAAGAGUUGACCCUUCUUUGAAUGAUUAAGAAAUUAUAAACCUUUUUAAUUUAUUAGAUGAAGAAAAUCAACAUAAAUUAACUUAAGAUAAAUUCAAAAUACUUUUUUGUAAUGAUGAAAUAAUUGAAUUUAAAAGUUUGUUUAAAAAGUUUAUCAGUAUAUUUUAAGAUUUAGUUUCUUAAAAUAAAUAAAAAAUAGAGAAUAUUUUCAAUUAUUAUGAUGUAAAAAAAGUAGGAAGAUUAAGAUUUGAAGAAUUUGCUAAAUUAAUUUAAAGAGUGAUGCCAACAUUAGUAAAAUUUGAAUAAGCAUUUGUAAAACAUAUUAUACUAUAAAAGAUAUUUGCAAAAUUUGAUCAUUAAAAUGUAAAUUCGAUAAGUCUUGAAGAUAUAAAAAAGAAAGUAAGCCCUGAAUAAAAAGUAACUGAUAAAAUAGUUUUAAAAGUAUGACUUUUUUUUAAUUAGAAAAUACAAUUAGAUAUUAUUAAGAAAUUGAGAUAGAAAUAAUUAACAAAUGAAUUUAUAUUCAAAAAAUAUAAUUAAAGUAGAUCUAAUAAACUUAAUCUGGAAGAGUUUAAAAUAUUUUGUAAAGAAUAUAAUAGUUCACUUUAAAAUAAUGAAAUAAAAUAACUUUUUAAAUAUGCAGAUAAAAAUAAUGAUAAAGUAAUAAGUUAUGAAGAAUUCAAUAAGUUUUUAAAUUGA